AUGCAUAAUGGUACAAAUUUGGCAUGGUUCGAUGCUCGAGAAUAUUGUAUCAAUGAGACAUAUACAUUAGGAACUAAUAAAACAGGUUCUAUUACUCAUUUGGUUGCAUUAGAAUCGGCGACUGAAAUAAAAUCAUUACUUUUUUGGAUGAAAGCUUGGGGUAUACAAAGUCAAUUUUGGAUUGAUGGUGUUAUUUCAUCAUCGACAUGGAAUUGGUCUAAUCAACCAAUAACAUGGUAUUUUAAUGCAAGUGAUGAAAUAAAUAAUCAUAAUGGAUCAUAUUAUCAAAUUGUCUAUAAUACAGCUCAAAAUACUUAUAUCAUAAUUGAUGAAAUCAAUAAUAAAUUGUCAUCUUUCAUUUGUGAAUAUCAAGAACAAUGUGAAACAAAUAAUUCAUGUCAAAAUAAUGCCACAUGUUAUUUAAAUGUUGGUCGAGAACUUUGUAUUUGUGCAGCAGGAUUUACUGGAACAUUGUGUGAACAGCAAAUUGAUGAAUGUUUAUCAUCACCAUGCCAGCAUGGAGGAGAAUGUACUGAUGGUCUUAAUAAUUAUACUUGCGAUUGUUCAGAUAUAUUUUUUCAUGGACCAAAUUGUGAAAUACCUGAUCCUGAUCCAACAGAAAGUCAACGUUCAGCUGCAUUUUGGAGUGUUUUUGGUGUUGUAUGUGGUUUAGUAGUGUUAUUAACAUUAUCAGAUUUACCAUGGGAUGAAAUAGCUGCUGCUAUUGGAUGUCCAUGGUAUCGCUUUCAAUGUUGUUUAAAUCAUGAUGAUGAUAAUGAGGGUGAUAUUGAUAUGAACAGUAUUCGUUCACCUGAUUCAACUGCAAACGAAAAUAAUUUCACAACAAAACAAAUCAUAAUGCCUGGUACAACAGCCAAAGGAAUCAAUUAUCAUAUUAUGAAUACAGUAUGGAAUCCAGAACAACUACGUAUUGAAAUUCCAUUAAAUCCUCAAAUUAAUGAAUAUCGUUCAUUAGAUCAAAGUAAAACACCUGAUAAUGCACUUAUUCGAUCGUUUGCUUCUGUUUUUAUGGCAAAACAAAAACAAAAAGAAUUAGAACAAAAACGUGUUUAUGCUGUUGAUAUAACUGAGCAAAAUAAUUCAACAUUAAAAACAAAAGAUCCAGUUAUGACAAUGAUUAAUUGGACACAACAAUUACAAGAAAAAUUAAAACCUAGACAAUCUCAACCAACAAGUGCAAGUUCGACAAGAGAAUUAAUAUAG